AUGGCUACACCUACUCAGGUGUCGAUCGACCUGUCUGGAAUUCCAUCCUUGCCUUCUACGCUUCAUAUACCCUCGGUUGCUGGUACCCUCGGAGCGGUUCUUAUCGGCACAUUCUUAGGACUCAUCCUCUAUGGGCUUACUCUUCACCAGGCUUAUCACUACGCGCGCACGUUCCCGAGGGACCCUUCGUGGCUGAAGGGCGUGGUCAUGGUCACAGUGCAAGCAAUAUUUCACUUCGGCGCGGAUCUUGGAAACCGCUUCAAGCGUAUUUACUAUGCACAUGUGUUCAGCGAACGCUCAAAGUCGCUUAAUCUUUUCUAUUCUUUCUCGGGAGCAACUAUGGUCACAGCUCAAAGCUUCUUCGCACGACGCCUAUGGAUCCUUGGGGGCCGCAUUUACAGGAUAGUGGUCGUGCUCUCGGCGAGUAAUAAGCCCUGCAUAUCCUCAUUGGCACAGUUGGCCGCGACCACGAUCACAUUCGUCACCAGCGAUGCAGACAACGUGGUAGCUUUGCGCCUUUUACCUUCGGCGUUCACGUUGGCUAUGGUAUCGGACUUACUACUGACGGCGUCUCUGAUCCAUGUCUUGCAUUGCAAGCGCACGGGUUUCAAGAGGACGGACACCGUGAUCGAUACUCUGAUUUUGUAUUCCAUCAAUACGGGCCUUCUCAAUGGCGUCUUUGACCUCAUCACCGCGAUAUUGGCUUUUGCUCAGCCAGAUAAACACCUCUAUAGCGUCUUCGGUAUCCCCGGAGUGAAACUGUAUGCCAUCACGCUCCUCGCUGCCCUGAACUCUCGCCGUACGAUCCAAGCGCAGAGUGCCACGGUCGACUCGGAGCUCCAUGGCAGCGACCUCGCGUUUGGAGUCAGCGUGUCUCCGCCGCCGACAACCAAACCAAUGUCGCUGGGUGCACGGCUUCGGGGCCAUCGGGCUUCGUCUGUGGGCACAUCAGGUGGAAACCACGCACUUAUCGAACUCAAAAACAUGUCGUCGUCGAGGCCGUCGCGCGGCACCUCCGUUGAGGAACGUGCCGACAGGGUCGGGAGCGAUCAGGAUUCGUACCAUCCCUCCGCGAAGACAGAUGACGUUGAAUCAGCGCACAUCGAUUCGCCGGUGGGAUGGUGA